AUGUCGGUUUCUCGUCAGUCACGGACACGCAGCGUGUGUCAGAGGCCCUUGCAGUGGGCGUCUUGCCGUGUGCCUGCGUGCCUAUCCUCAUCUGCGUGUUCUGAAUCGGUGGAUCCCAGCUUUUCCCGGCAAAGGAGUUCCUUAUCGAAGGAGCUACGAGGUUCCCGAGGAUCGAAGCGUGGCAUCGCGUCCGGUGCGAUGGCCGGGUGGCGGAGGGUGGUCGUGGCGGCGCUCCUUCAGCUGGCCUUCUCGCGCGUCCUUCCUGCAGACACCAGUUGCUAUGAAAGAGGGGAGCAACUAAUAGGACGUGGAUACUUCAACUGUUCAGAGCCACGUCUGAACUUCAAUGACACUCAAAAGCUCACAAUGGACUUUCGCAACAAAAACAAAAUAAAUGUAUUCACUCUGUCAGUCAAUAGAACAGCCGGUGCCUUCCACCUCAUUACUUAUAAAGCUGAUAAAGCAAUAAACAGCACAAAGUUAGAUCUACCUGAUUCUGCAAAUGAACUGCAACUCAACAUCAACCGUUCGAGUGUGCACGCGAAGACUCAGGGAAGCUGGCGGAAGCUGGACAUUCCAAAGACAGACGAGAUUUUCUUCUUGUACAUCCGGUCUUCCCACCCUCCUUUCUGCAUCACGUGCCACGGAGGAGACAUCUGGGACAACGACAAAGCCGACACCACCCAGAAAGCUGAACAAGGCGUCGUUCAAACCACUCGGAGCACUGAACAAGGCUAUGGAACGGAGCUGGUGAUGCUGGCGUCCCUUGUCUGCCUCUUCCUCCUCCUCCUCCUCCUCCUCCUCCUCCUCUUCCUGGCUUGAGACGGACGCCACUGAGGAGCACAAAGGAAGCUGGGCCAUUGACCGUGGAGGUUGGCGUGGAGGUGCAAACAUAAUGCUAAACCAAUGACAUGUAGUUUGGCGUUCAUGGCUGUAUGGAACGUGAUGCUUGUGAAUGCAGUUUUUCUCUAAACCUUUGCCGUUUAGAAGCAGUCCUGUUUCACAUUCAUUUCUAAGAGAAAAGGAGAAGAACUUGUACAUAAAUUACCAUGCAAAUAUUUUGUGGAAAC